CAACAUUUCCAAUAUGGACGACAAAGCGGCAAUCGGGAUACAUUCAAUGGAACAAAAUAGAAGUGAUGAAUCAGAAAUGGUGGAAGGAAGUUUAGAAAAAGGUGAAUCUAGACAAACUGAAGAAGCUAUGGAAACAGACUCUGUGUGUUAUUGUGGUAAAGGAAGGAAUCUAGGAGCUGUUGAACUACAGUGUAGUGUUUGUAUGAAAUGGUAUCAUGCUGACUGUAUAGGUUGCUAUUUAGGGCAAUGUAUACCUUUUAUGACAAAUUACCAGUUUUCUUGUAAGAUGUGUGGACAAAAUGGUCUGGAAUCUUUUGUUCGAAAACAAGCCGGUUUUCCACAGAUUUGUUGCACAGCAAUAGCUAAUUUAAUGUGCCAAGCUAGAACAAGGGGAGACAAUGAUGUCAGUUUCUGUAAAGAUAAGGACAUUAUACCUUACAUUGAUAAACAGUGGGAAAACCUGACAACAAUGGCAAGGAGAAUAAAGCUGACAUGGCAUACAACUGUAGCUAAAACUUUGUCAAAAGAAGAUGGAUUAUUUGUAUGUACAGAUGAUAAUGGAUCAGAUCAGUAUUUCAGUUUAAUUAUACCUGACUUAGAAAAGAUUGGACCAAAUUAUGAUCCAUUAAAAUCAUUUCAAGCUCUUCAACCUGCAGUCAAAACCAACAUAGCACCAGAAGGAACUGGAAAGGGUAGAGGUGCCAAAAGAAAAGCCCCAUUAGAGAGUUCACAGCCAGGAUAUAAACUGAAAAGAAGUGACAUAGGACCAAGUACAAAAGUUGCAGUGCAUGGGUAUCCAUUGGAACAUCCUUACAACAAAGAUGGCUACAGAUAUAUUUUAGCAGAGUCUGACCCUCAUGCACCUAAUAGACAAGCUUUUGAUGAAAGUGUUGACUGGGCAGGCAAACCUAUCCCUGGUUACUUGUACAGAACAUAUUUAGGGACAGAAGUUUUACUUUCACUAAAUGACAGAGCACCACAGUUAAAGAUAUCUGAUGACAGACUAAGUGUGACUGGAGAGAAAGGUUAUAGUAUGGUUAGGGCUACACAUGGUGUAAGAAGAGGGUCUUGGUAUUAUGAAAUUAUUGUAGAAGAAAUGCCUGCUGAUACAGCUUGUAGAGUAGGAUGGUCACUAUCAUUAGGUAACUUGCAAGCUCCAUGUGGUUAUGACAAAUUCAGUUUUUCGUGGAGAUCAAGAAAAGGUACACGAUUCCAUCAGAGUCGAGGGAAACAUUAUGCAGAACAAGGAUAUGCCGAGGGUGAUGUCCUUGGAUUUAUGAUUCAUCUGCCAGAACCACAUGCAGUAAAGAAAUUAAUACCUGAUACAUUCAAAGACAGACCUCUUGUGAAGUUUAAAAGUCAUCUGUAUUACGAGGAGAAAGAUCAUGUAUCAGAAACAGAGAAGAAAUUAAAACCAAGCAGAGGUAGUCAGAUGAUUAUGUAUAAAAAUGGAGUGUCUCAAGGUGUUGCUUUUGAAGAUGUAUUUGAUGGAAUUUAUUAUCCAGCAUUGUCACUGUAUAAAAACUGUAGGGUAAGAAUGAAUUUUGGGCCAGACUUCAAAUGUAUACCACAAGGACUAAAGGAUUACAGACCUAUGUCCGAUGCAGCCUCCCAGACAAUGAUAGAGUAUGCUCUAGCUGAUAUUAUUUAUCAUGUAGAAAAUGAAGGCAAACUUCCAGAAUUCUAAGCAGUAAUCUGGAGAAAGAGCAGAGAUGAGAGAUGAUCCCCAUGAAACCUAAAGUCAAACAUUAAAUAUAAUGCACUAAAUAUCAUACUAGGUAUGGUAUACAUAUUGAGACAAAAAAUGAUUAUGUAUUGAAAUGUAUCAAAUGAAACAAUGAAAGAGAAGGAAAUAUAAUGAAAUAAGUAUAUUGAAA